AGCACAAUGCCCAGGACAAGCCCCUCCGUCGGUAGGAACCUGACAGACAUGAGCUCCGACAGAUGAUAUGGAAGGAUUCGGUCCAAAUGUUGCAUCGAGGCAAUAAUAGGCCAGGCAGGAAAUUGGAGUAAAGCUGAAACAGAAGGCUUUGCUACCCAUCAGCUUGGCGGCUUGUGUGAAUAUAUGUGAAUAUAGAAGUGCCUAUGGCGGAGUUCGGGGAGGACGGCAGCCUGCCUCCGGUGAACGCCGGGGGUUCGGCCGUGCACAGCGACGAGGCGGCGGGCAAGACGCAAUGCGAAGGGUCGGUCCUUAACGGAGACUGUGGUGGCUCCGGAGCCCCGGUCACACCUGGAAGCCAAGCCGUGGUGGAGGCUGCCAACACCUCUGACAUACCUCGCAGGAGCAGCAUUAUCAAGGAUGGCUCAAGACAACGCAAAGAAAGAAAGAAGACUGUGUCAUUCAGCAGUAUGCCCACGGAGAAGAAAAUCAGCAGUGCAAGUGACUGUAUAAGUGCAAUGGUGGAAGGAACUGAACUCAAGAAAGUGCGGUCCAAUUCACGUAUUUACCAUCGCUACUUCCUCCUCGAUGCUGACAUGCAGUCAGUGAGAUGGGAGCCUUCAAAGAAGGAGUCAGAGAAAGCAAAAAUAGAUGUGAAAUCGAUUAAGGAGGUUAGGACAGGGAAAAAUACAGACACUUUUAGAACUAAUGGAACCUAUGAUCAGAUAUCAGAAGACUGUGCUUUCUCAAUAAUCUUUGGGGAGAACUAUGAGUCCCUGGACUUGGUUGCAAACACUGCAGAUGUAGCUAACAUCUGGGUUACAGGGCUGAGAUACCUGAUAUCCUAUGGAAAACACACUUUGAAUAUGAUAGAGACCAGCCAAAACCACAUGCGUUCAUGUUGGCUUGGUGAAAUUUUUGAUGAGGCUGAUGUUAACAACAGCAAACAAAUCUCAAUAUGUGCUGCUGUGCUGCUGGUUAAAAACUUAAAUCCAGGACUUAAAAAUGUUAAAAUAGAGCUCAAGUUCAAGGAGCUCCACAAAGCUAAAGACAGAGUUGGUUCUGAUGUGACAAGAGCAGAAUUCAUCGAGGUCUUUCAUGAUUUGUGUACAAGACCAGAGAUUUAUUUUCUCUUUGUUCAAUUUUCUAGCAACAAAGAAUAUCUGGAUACAAAGGACCUCAUGAUAUUUCUUGAGGCAGAGCAGGGUAUGGCACAGGUCAGUGAGGACACCAGCAUAGAGGUCAUUCAGAAACAUGAACCCUCUAAAGAAGGCCAGCUCAAGGGUUGGCUUUCUCUUGAUGGAUUCACCAACUAUCUCAUGUCUCCAGAGUGCCAUAUAUUUGAUCCUGAACACAAAACAGUAUGCCAAGACAUGAACCAGCCGCUGUCCCACUAUUACAUCAAUGCCUCCCACAACACAUACCUGAUAGAAGACCAGUUUAGAGGCCCCUCUGAUGUGACAGGAUAUAUCCGUGCCCUCAAGAUGGGCUGUCGCAGCGUGGAGCUGGAUGUGUGGGAUGGGCCUGAUAACGAGCCAGUUAUUUACACUGGUCAUACAAUGACCUCACAGAUUGUCUUUCGCAGUGUUAUUGACGUCAUCAACAAGUAUGCCUUCGUUGCAUCUGAGUAUCCUCUUAUUCUGUGUUUAGAGAACCACUGUUCCUUAAAGCAGCAGAGAGUCAUGUUCCAGCAUCUCAAGAAGAUCCUUGGAGACAAGAUUUACAUAGAUCCCCCAAAAGCUGAUGACUGCUACCUCCCCUCACCUUCUGAACUGAAAGGAAAGAUCUUGUUGAAAGGUAAAAAACUGAGCAUGAACUGCACCGCAUCAGAAGGGGAAGUAACAGAUGAGGAUGAAGGGGCAGAGAUGUCUCAAAGGAUGAGCAUCGAGUCUACAGAGCAACAGACAUUUGCACCCAAGAAAUUUCAACUUUCAAAGGAUCUGUCAGACCUAGUAACUUUGUGUAAGUCCGUGGAGUUCAAAGACUUCCCAACAUCUUUUCAAAGCCAGAAACACUGGGAACUAUGCUCUUUCAAUGAGGUGUUUGCCAGUCGCUUUGCCAAUGACUUCCCAGGCGACUUUGUGAACUACAACAAGAAGUUCUUGGCCAGAGUAUACCCCAGCCCCAUGCGGAUUGACUCCAGCAAUAUGAAUCCCCAAGACUUCUGGAAGUGCGGUUGCCAGAUUGUGGCAAUGAACUACCAGACUCCAGGCCUGAUGAUGGAUUUAAACAUUGGCUGGUUCCGUCAGAAUGGGAACUGUGGCUAUGUGCUACGUCCAGCUAUUAUGAGGGAGCAGGUUUCUUAUUUUAGUGCCAACACUAAAGAUUCAGUGCCUGGUGUGUCCCCACAGCUUUUACACAUUAAGAUCAUCAGUGGACAAAAUUUCCCCAAACCCAAAGGCUCAGGUGCCAAAGGUGAUGUAGUAGACCCCUACGUCUAUGUGGAAAUCCACGGCAUUCCUGCUGACUGCGCUGAACAAAGGACUAAAACUGUCAACCAGAACGGGGACAACCCUCUGUUUGAUGAGAGCUUUGAGUUCCAAAUAAACCUCCCUGAGCUUGCGAUGGUGCGUUUUGUGGUGCUAGAUGAUGACUAUAUUGGCGAUGAAUUUAUCGGCCAGUACACCAUCCCCUUUGAGUGUCUCCAGCCUGGUUUCCGUCAUAUACCACUCCAGUCUCUCACAGGGGAGGUUUUGCCACAUACAUUGUUGUUCGUUCAUGUGGCCAUAACCAAUCGAAGGGGAGGUGGCAAGCCACACAAAAGGGGUCUUUCUGUUCGGAAGGGCAAGAAGUGCAGAGAGUAUGCCAGCAUGAGAGUACUGCUGAUCAAGGCUAUAGACGAUGUUUUCAAAACAGCCAUGCAGCCACUGAGAGAGGCAACAGACCUCCGGGAAAACAUGCAGAACGCCAUAGUGUCCUUCAAAGAGCUGUGUGGCCUUUCAGCGGUGGCUAACCUGAAGCAGUGCCUCUUGGCUCUCUCUCCUCGCCUGACGGGACCCGACAACAGUCCCCUGCUGGUGUUCAACCUCAUCGACCAGUACCCCAACCUGGAGCCCCAAGGCCUGCUCCCAGAGGUCCUGAAGAAGGUCGUCACCACCUACGACAUGGUGAUCCAGACCAGCAAGACUCUGUUAGAGACCUCUGAGGGGGUGUACGAGAGGAUCCUCCAAACCCAGAAAGCAGCCAUGGAAUUUCACGAGAACCUGCACGACUUGGCUGUGAAAGAGGGGUUAAAGGGCAGGAAGUUGCACAAGGCUGUGGAGAGCUUCACAUGGAACAUCACCAUCCUGAAGGGUCAGGCUGAUCUACUGAAACGAGCUAAGAGUGAAGUCCAGGAGAACCUGAAGCAGAUCCACUACGCCGCACUCACCUGUAACCUGAGUAAAGGCGGUCCGGUGGGCGGUUCCUCCAGUUCCACCGACUCCAGGAGCAGACGCAGCCUUGAGGCCAUUCCUGAGAAGGCCAUAGCGGAGGAGCUCAGCGACGACGACAACUGAACACCAUGGUCCUGGUCUGGACCAUGGAUCAGGACCUGCAGCCACGGUCCUGGUCUGGGCCUCUACAGCCACGCUCCUGGUCUGGACCUCCACACACACGGUCCUGGUCUGGACCUCUGCAGCCACAGCCCUGAUCCGCCCCAGCACCCGCUGCCCCCCACCUCCACUUCCACCACCACCUCAGAACCACAGUUCUGCCAUCUCAGUGGGUCCAAGUCCACCCUUUUCAUUCCACAUUCACACACAGGUCUCCAUGGAAACAAACCCUGCUCAACAUGUGAUCACACCCCUCUGACACUCAUGCUUGAGCCAAGUAAAGUUUUGAAUAAAUGUGCCCAAGUUGGACUCUGUACUUUAUACAGACACACUGAUAGUAUAACACCAUGAAAGAUGAUGCAUUAUCAGGUGUACAUGUACGCACAGGUGACAAAUGGAAGGAAGAGACAGAUGGGAUGAUCGUACCCUCAUCCAUAGGACACAAGGACACAUGCAGUAAUUAGAUGAAAGACACGUGACAGUGUUCACGUACUGGAAACCAAACCUCAGCCCUUAGACACUGUCUAUACACUGACUGUCACUGGUACACCUCUGCAUUUAUAUCCUCACAAAAUUAAAUAUACAUGAUACUUUUCUUUUUAAAAAUAUUCACCAUAUAAACCAACAAAGACCAACAGUACAGUGAAGCAGGCAUUUUCAUGUGAAUUUAAGUUAAAAAGAAUAGCUUAAUAAAGCAUCAGUAGUUGACAGUGACCAGACAAACAUUUGGUUUAUUACAACACACUGGUUGCAUUUUGAUGAGCAAAGACACUGCAAUUUUCUGGAUCUUUCAUAACACAGGAUGCACCCAAAAUUCUGCAUCCUGUGUUUUGACAUUUUUGGCCUGUGGCUGAUUCUGAUCAAGGGUUAUUUUCAGUUAAUUUAUUCUGUUUGCAUUAUUUUUUUUCUUUCUUUCUUUUUUCUUUCUUUCUUUUUUUUUCUUUCAGGCCCUAAACAACAAAUUAAGUCAGAAAUGUAUGUAAUAACCAUGAAUGUAACAACACACACACACCCUGCCCUCAGUAAAAUGUCGGUUGAUGAAUCUGAGAAAAAAUAAACCUCAGUUAAUCAUAGUAGUUCAAUAUCUGUUGUCCAGUCAGAAUAAAAUAUAGAUUAAGGUCAAGUUUAUUUAUAUAGUACAUUUAAAACAACGCAAAGUGCCCAGAGUAUAAAUCUGCAGAUACCAAUGCAAGAUGUGCUAAAACAUACAGGGGAAAUAGAAGUACAUUCCAGUCAUUCACAUAGUGGUGCAUAGUUGACACUAUUCAAACCUUUUGUAACUGUUUUGGAAUUAAAAUUGGGAAUAUAUAUGUAAGGUCAGAUCAGUAAAAUUCUAUUUUAUGGAGGGAUGUGAUUUGGUGUCAAACACCUCCCAAAGAUCCUGGAUGCUAGUUUUCCUUCCAUUAUCACCCGUCUGUACAUGAAUCCCAUCUCAGCACACGUUGGACUUGGUGUGUUCUCAUUGGUCCAUUUAGAACCACACACAUCGCCUUCAUUCCCGGGUGAACUGGGAGUCGACGGCAGCUACUGGACCAUUUAUGACCAGGAUGCUCAGAGACAGAGCAGGACUGAUGGACUGAGCAGAGCUGGAGGAGUUUCCCAAAAGCACAAUUUUUCCAUAGGACUCUGAGAGAUGAGAGAUCGGAGCCAUGAAUGUACCAGGGAACGAGGAGAAAGACGAGGAUAAUGAAGAAGAAAACUCCAUGAGAGUAAAGAGCUGUUUACAAAACUGAACUGUACAUGUUCCUGUCUGCCAAAAUACUAUACUAUAAUAUGUGUAUAUAUAUGGAGUUUCCUGUUACUUUUUUUCUGCAGAGUGCAUCAUUUUAUUAUUGUAAACUUGGAAAUAAGAUUUAUUUUAUAAAGAUAUGUCUGUGGAAUAACUAAACAUAUUUGCCUGUAGCGAUCUGA